CUCCCCAUGUGUUGCAAUGUAACCCAUUCACUAAGCCAUGGCUGAGGGUCAAAGAGACAGUCAUUCUGAUGACAUGCAGAAAUAUUUUGACAAAGUCAUCACUGAAGUCAGUAACAAGUGGGAUGACCUGGCCCGGAAGCUGGGCUUCAGUGAUAACCAGAUAGAUGUAAUCCAUGGCUCCAGGACGGACCAGGAUCACAGGUGCAGGGAAAUGCUGCGCAGGUGGAGAAACAAGAACGGAAAGAAAGCUACUCUACAGGUUCUGAAGAAGGCACUCAUCAACAUUGAUGAGCGGCUGACUGCAGAGAGUUUAGAAGUCUUAGGCAAGAAAACAAGACAGAAAAGGGAGAGAAAAAGAAAAGCCAAACAGCCCCAUGAAGAUUCAUCAGAAGAGUCAUCUUCGAUGGGGAAUGAUCUGCAUGCUGGAAGUGCCCCCAGCCACCCAUACUUCCCACCUGUAGCCAAAGCUGUUGGGUCCUUAUGGGUGAAGUUUGCAUCAGAACAGCUGAGUCUGACUGCAGAACACAUCGUGAACAUCCAGGUACAACAUCCCAGCAGCACCGAGCGUCAGGCAUUACAGGCCCUGGAGCUGUGGAGGGACAGGCAUGGCAGGAAGGCCUGUAGGGUGAGGCUGGCAGGAGCUCUCAGGAGGGGAGGGUUUCAACAUGCAGCAGAUGAAGUUGACAGGUACGGCAGCCAAGAAGUAAAUACUGGUAAUAAUGAACUGACCACGGAGUUCAAGCCUGCAUACAUGUGCAUUCCUUACCAUGGCUUACAUCGGACAGAGCCCACUCAUAAAAAGAGGAAGACCCAGGAUUCCAGUCGUUGUUCAGUUCAGUUCAAACAGGAAUUAAUUCAGUCUUACCAUGUUGCAUGUGCUGAAUCGAAUGGUACCAUCAUACGGAACACAAUGGAACAGACAACAGGAUCAAGCAGUAAUGGAACACAGAAUCUCAUUGGGAAGACAGAGAAUGGUAAUGAGACAAACUUAACAACCACAUGGUCAAGUCAACACCAUGAAUCAUCGAGUUCAACUAGUGGAGACGAAUCAGAAUCUGACAAAGACUAUUGUGGCCAUCAGGGAAAGCAUCCUCAAAAGAUGAAGGUGGAGACAAAUGCCAGUAGUUCAGGGGGCAACACCCAAAGUACUGAAAGUAUAUAUCAUACCAUUCUUCAAAUGGCUAAUAAUAUUUUCAAAACUUCAGAUGAAUUUCCUAAAACUGGCCAAGACUUGGGGAAUUCCACUACAGCUAUUGUUAUCAAAACUGAAGAUGACAAUAGAACCAAACUUUCCACCCAAGUAAAAUCAGAAAUCAGGAAGCGUGUGAAUGACAAAAUUGCAGAAGUUGCCAACAAAAUCUUGGAAAGGAAGCUUUUUGACAAGAAAUGCAGAUACACAUUGCACAAAAUGGUGAGGUGCUUUGAAAGAUUUAAUGCUGCUCUUAGAAAAGCGGAGACAGGAUGUGUUCUCUGCCAUCUUGACUUCGCUGAUAUUUGCUGUUACGACACAUUUUGGCGCGGCUACUCUGAUGGGAGCCUGUCCGACACCCUGACCCGAGAACUGAUCACAGGCGACAUGAGGACAGCAGAGGGAGGAGCAGACUUAUACAUACAUGUCCGAGUCCUGCACUCUGCUACAGAGGAGGGGGACUUCUCAGACCAGGAAACGGACACCUUUGGAGUGGAAGUGAAGGAGGAAUCAGAGUUAUGUUUUACAGAGCUAGACAGACAGUUAGCCACUGUUGCUGACCAUCUGGGUUCCAUGUGGGAGCGUGUGGCUUUAUCUCUCGGCUUCACCACUCACUACAUCCGGGACCUGACAGCCAGACAGCCCCCCUCCCUCCGUCCUCGCCAGCUGAUCUGUGAUUGGAUGGAGAGGAACGCUGGUGACAUCACUCUGGACCAGCUGGUGCAGGCCCUAAGGAAUGCUGGGAUACAUCAGGUUGCAGAUGCAGCAGCUUCUGGACAGCUGUUUGAAAAAGCAGUGCACGGUCAGGCUGAAAAAGAGAAACCAGAGGAUGACAUGGAUGCAACAAGGCCAGAUCGUAAGUCAGACUAUAUAAAUCUCUUCAGACAAAAUGUGGAGAAAGGUGUCAUGUGUAUUACAUGUAACUAG